AAACUUCAAAAAUAAUUAAGGUCGUCACAUCACGUCACUACGACUGCGAUAUUUUUGUUUCGAUUAAAAAACUGCCAAUUAAAUUUCGAAAAAAAUGCAACUUGUUGCUCAGUUAGUCAAGGAGUCAAUUCCUAAUUAUUUAUCCAGCCUGCCAAUUCCUGACACUAUAGGAGGAUGGUUUAGGUUAGGCAUUAAGGAUUGGGCGGCUUUGAUACCACCAACAGCCUUACUAGCUGGCGUAGGCUACAUGUCUUACAUGUCAUUCUGCCCUAAGGCCUGGGAAGGAUGUUGUCGUUCUAAAAAAUCCGGUGCUAUCAAUCCUCAAAUACUCAAGUCGAGCGAUAAGGUGGUUGAUUCCAUCGACAUAGAAGAUAUCUCCGAGAAAGCUGUGUUCUGUAGAUGCUGGAGAAGCAAAAAUUGGCCUUAUUGCGAUGGAAGCCACAAUGCUCACAAUAAAUCCGAAGGGGACAAUGUGGGACCUUUGAUAGUCACUAAGAAAAAGUAAGUUAUUCGAUAAUGGCAUUCUUUAUAUGCCACGUGUAGUAAAUAUCCGAAAUGUAAGUUUAAAUUUUCUUUUUUUUUGUUAACGUGUUUAGACUUUAUUGUAACUCUACUUUUAAGGGUUGUUUCAAGUAUAAUUAAAUAUUAACAGCCGA